AUAACAGCGGCGAGCAGUCUGGUGUCCCGCUACAGUCUGAAUACUCAAGAGUGAGUGCUGGUUGAUUUCUCUGCGGUGCAGAGCUGGACUAAACACAGCACCCAUCCACUUGAACGCUGUUUUACCGGCUUAAGGACAUAUUUUGGAGUAUCCGGGAUCGGGACGGGAGACCUCCAUCUGUAGUCGUCCGUGUCUUUUAUUUAUGCUUUUAAAUCUGGCUAGAGGACGCGCAAUCGCGCACUGAGACUUCACUUUCUCCAGUCCCGUGAGUAGACUCCAAAGACUGCAGCUGUCGAGGUCUGCAUGCCCUGAGGAGGCAAAUGUCUUUCGCAGUGCAUUAGUCCAGAAAGUUUUUUUUUUUCUUUCUUCUUCUUUGUUUGUUGUUUGAAACAUUUCGAGUGACUCUAUAUGCUCCAGCGAUCGAGUGCGUCGCGUUUGGACACUCUUUCAGAACAUUGCAUGCGCACAGAGAGGGAAGAAAAGCAAAAGUCGGGUUUUGCGACGCUUGUAAACUCUUUGCUGAGAAGCAGGGACAGGAUGAGCACCGAUCUCGCCAUGGGGCCCGAGCUGCCCACCAGCCCGCUGGCGUUGGAAUAUGUCAAUGACUUUGAUUUAAUGAAAUUCGAGGUGAAGAAAGAGGCCAUGGCGGGGCUAGACCGCUCCAACAUUCGGCAGUGCAAUCGCCUCCAGCCGCAGGGCUCCGUAUCCUCCACCCCGAUCAGCACACCGUGCAGCUCCGUCCCGUCCUCCCCAGGUUUUAGUCCCACGGAACAGAAGAACCACCUGGAGGAGCUGUACUGGAUGCCCAGCGGCGCGUACCCGCAGCAGAUCGACCCUCAGACGUUAAACCUGACGCCCGAAGACGCCGUGGAGGCGCUGAUCGGGGCCACGUCCCACGGGCACCCUCCGCCCCCUCACGUUCAGCAGCAGCUGCAGGCCGGAGGGUUCGAGGGCUACAGAGGAGCGCAUCACCACCAUGGCCACCCUCAACAGCACCACCCGCACCACCACCAAUACGGCGGCAUCUCGCAUCACCCGGACGAGCUGACGGGUCACCCCGGCGCGCACGGCCACCACCCGCACCACCAUCAUCACAGCCAGGAACCCGACAGCCCUUCUCCCACCUCCCCGGGCUCCCACCAGCAGCUUCACCACCGUCAUCAUCACCAUCACCACCUGGGCCAGCAGGGUCACCACGGCGUGGGGGCUGGCCUGAAUGUUGAGGACCGGUUCUCCGAUGACCAGCUGGUGUCAAUGUCGGUACGGGAGCUCAACCGACAUCUGCGAGGCUUCACUAAGGACGAGGUGAUCCGUCUGAAGCAGAAGCGCCGGACCCUGAAGAACCGGGGCUACGCGCAGUCCUGCCGCUACAAGCGCGUGCAGCAGAAGCACGUGCUGGAGAACGAGAAGACGCAGCUCAUCAAUCAGGUGGAGCAGCUCAAGCAAGAGAUCAACCGGCUGGCCCGAGAGAGAGACGCCUACAAACUCAAGUGCGAGAAACUGACCGGAGCGAACGGGUUCCGCGAGGCGGGAUCCACGAGCGACAACCCGUCCUCUCCAGAGUUCUUCAUGUGAGUGUCCUUCUUAUGCCCGAGGGCCGCAUUCGAGUAAUCCACAUUACCUAUUACGAUCAUUAGAAGAAUAAUCCACAAGAAAUAAUAAUCUCAUAUGUAAUCGUCGUGUCACCAACCUGACCGUGUUAGAAUGUUGUUUGGGGGAAACUGUAGAUUAGUUGCUGCUUGUAGUACUUUUACCAACACAAGAGAAAGCGAAGAACUGGGUUUUAUAUUUAGGAAAACGUCAGAUCAGACCAUUUCGUUUGUUCUCGGUUGUUCAGGAGAAAGAAGAAGAAGAAGAAGAAAACAACUAUGUUUGGGCUGAGCUGAGAGAGGAACUUUGGACUUUUUCCACUUGGCCAAAAAAAAAAAAAAAAAAAAAAAAAAAAAGUCAAGAGUUGAGAGCACCACAAUAUGCAAAACCUUUCUUCUUCUCCUGUAUUAAUCCUCCUGAGUGUGUUGACAGGGGGAACUUUAUGCAACAUCUCAUUGGUUUAUUGCCUGCUUGGUUAUAUAUAGAAUAUAUAUUAAAAAUAAAAAGGAAAAACGACAAAAACAAACACAUAAAUCUGCAUUAAGGUAUUAAUCCUGCAUGCUGGACAUGUAUGGUAAUCAGUUCUAUUUUAUACUCUGCUCUUUCUUUCUUUCUUUCUUUCUUUCAUUCAUUCUGUUUAUUAUGUAUCAUAAAGAGCAUGUUUUUUAUCUUUAGCUCUUUUUUGGGGGAUAUACAGAUGAGACUGGCUCUCCAGUCGCUCAUUAAAUGGGUUCAUUUGGGCUUGUAAAUAUAUGCGACAGCAAACCUACAAACCGACAUCGAAGAGUUGAUCGUUUUCCAACUUUUAUGAUUUGUUUUUCUUUUUGGGAAUGGAUUUCCUGUAAUGGGCAUUUUUGCAGUUGCAUUUCAACUUUGUAAAGCGCACUUCUGGGUAAUAAUUUUGGUAUCGGUAGUUUUCAUGUGGAGGUUUUUAGUUUUUGUUUGGGCAGAUUUGGAAAGAAACUGCAGUUUCAGUAACAAUAGGCGAAUUUAAAGCAGGCGUUUCAUUUGAACUGUUGCUAAAACGUCUAGUUGUAGCAAGAAACCCAGUUUAGGCUGUUGCAUAAUCUUUUUUUUUUUUUUUUUUCAAUAAUAAAA